AUGGCGGCAGAGGCGUCCCAAAAGAGGCGGCCAACAAAGGGCACCAAACAGCCGGUACGGCUGUAUGUCCGCGGGAUCGUUCUUGGUUAUAAGCGGUCUAAGGUAAACCAGACGCCGUCUCGCUCGCUGCUGCAGCUGGAAAACGUGAAGACGAGGAAGGACACCGCCUUCUACCUGGGCAAGCGUGUGGCCUACGUCUACAAGGCCAAGACAGAGAAGAAGGGAACCAAGUUCAGGACAAUCUGGGGGAAGAUCUGCCGCCCCCACGGCAACAGCGGUGUUGUCCGUGCGCGCUUUAGGAAGAAUCUGCCCCCCAAGUCCUUCGGCGGCCGUGUCCGCGUCUUCUUGUACCCGUCCAACAUAUAA